CCUUGCCGGUAAAAAUUUCCCAUUGCUUGCCUAGACAGCCUCAGAGACUAGAGUAAUCCGAGUUCUGGCAGCGGAGGAUUUCUCACCCCCGCAUAUCGGACAGGAAUUCACCAGUGCCUUCCCUAGUGCCUUCCCACAAAGCAUAACACCUCAAAGGUGAGAGCUACGGAUAGAGCGUGUUCGCUUCACCAGUUUUCCUUUGCGGGUCGUUGUAUCGGACUUGGCGAAGUAGUGUGUGAUAUUGUAUCCAUGAGGGAGGUGAAGAGGGCUGUCUCCGCGCUACCUAUGCGCGAAAUGUAAUCAGAAGUUCCUACGGAGAUUUACAUGCUGGCACCCGACGCCGUUGCAGAUCAUUUGUUGGUUGAUUAUCCUAUACUAUAGCCUAGUCUUGCUGGUCGAGUCCUUCAAUAGGACAGGGCCAGGAUGAAUCGACAGACCUCUCGGACUCGCAUCUGCACAGCGACCGAGGUCAACAGUAGACUUGAAAGUUCGAGGGAGAAUUGCGCCUAAGCUUCGGCGGAGCGAUCCUGGAUCCAGACGGCCAACCAUCGAAUCGUCCUGCAGCCACGGGGCGCGCGGCCGGUGGACGUGCAACAGCACAAAUGCCAAUGCCUCCGCUAGCCCCGGCCACGCUUGGAUCGGCCAGGCCGCCAAGUCCUCUGCCGCGUGCUGUAGCCGAGAUUGCGCCCGAGGAGGCGAACUUCAAGCAUGAGAAGCGCGUCGGCAACUAUUGGAUAGGGCGGCGCUUGGGGGAAGGCGCGUUUGCCAAGGUCAAGGAAGGCAUGCACAUUCCCACAGGUGAAAAGGUUGCCGUGAAAAUCAUCGACAAGAAGAAGGCUAGGGCUGACAAGUAUGUCUCGCUGAACAUGCGCCGCGAGGCCAAGCUUAUGACCAUGCUGUGCCAUUCGAACAUCCUGAGACUGCUGGACGAGGUAGAAACGGCCAACAGCUACUACCUGGUGACGGAGAUGGCUGAAGGCGGCGACCUCAUGGAUCACAUCUACAAGAACACCCACCUGCCAGAGGACGAGGUGCGCGUGUACAUCCGUCAGAUAGUCUCGGCCAUUGAUCACAUUCAUAAAGCAGGCAUCAUUCACAGAGACCUGAAGAUUGAAAAUCUCCUACUGGAUGGAAAUCGCAAUAUCAAAAUUAUUGAUUUUGGCCUCAGCAACACCAUUCUACCACUAACACCAUCAGUACCUCGGGAGAACCACUGCAAAACUCAGUGUGGCUCACCAGCCUAUGCAGCACCAGAGCUGCUGGGACGCGAAGAGUACGGCAUUGAGGUGGACAUCUGGAGCAUCGGAGUCAACCUGUUUGCCAUGCUCACGGGUACAUUGCCAUUCACCGUCGACCCGUUCAGUAUCACGGAGCUGCACGCCAAGAUGCUGAGCCGACGUAUGAAUCCCAUGCCGGCCGGUGUCAAGGUUUCCGCAGAAUGUAUGGAUCUUCUAAAUCAGCUGCUGAACCCAAGCAGAUUGAAGCGCAUCAAGUCGGAAGAGAUAUUCCGGCAUCCUUGGCUGAACAACGAUCUCACAAUGCCAUUUGAGCCAAUGCCCUUCCCGAACACACCGUCUCCCGAUAACCUUGAAGACAGAGUCAUAGCCCACAUGACCACGAGGAUGCAAGUGAGACUGAUGGACAUCACGUCGGAUGUUGUCGAGAACAGACCCUCGGCACAGGCUACCACCUACCAUCUGCUGGCGAAGCGGCUGGCGCGCUACAACAAGGAUCACCCGGAGGCUCAGCGAAAGAAGAAGGCGUCCGGCCUGAUGAAGCGCCGCAGCAUGCUGUCGCAAGACUCGGCUGACAGGAGCACGGUGCCUGUGAUCGGUGAAGAUGAGCUUCUAGACUUUGUCAAUGGACAUGAUCUGGGAGAUGAGCGGCAAGGCAGACCUCCACCUAUAGACAAGGUCGAAGCAGCCAGUAGCUUCGCUUAUACCGGCAAGCCUUCAAAGCGACGCAACACUGUGUCAAGCGACGAGAUAUCGCCAACCAGCAUCAACUCAUCGGAACUCUCGCCACCGCAGAGUACAGUGCAGCAUGCACCACCAUUCUCCGCAGUGACACCUGAAGAGGACGACGUGAUGCGCCCUAUUCGGCGCGUGGAGAGCUUCAAGAACAAGGCCCGGGAGAUGACCCGGGGAGAGAUAACGAGACCUCUGAAGAAGUCCGUGAGCACACCGAAAGGUGUUGGCCAGUUCACAGUGAGAAGUCGCCAUCAAUCGGUCAGCGGCUCGCUUACCUCGCCAGCACCGGAAUCAUCAUCUAUAACGCCUGACGGCCUGCAUGGCAGAGGAACACCAUCACCCACAGCUCUCAAAAAGGGAGUUGAGCAUGCGUUUAACGCAGCCAGGGAGAAAAGCGCUCCCGGUGUUUGGCUUCCUCCAACAAUCGAUUCCAGCCGCACCAUGACUUCUGCAACUAGUAAACGGAACAGCAUGAGCAAACUCAGUGAGCAUUUAUCCCAAGACCAGGGCCACUCAAAGGGAAUUCUUCCAUCCUCUUUCAGCAGAGCAAUGAACGACGUUCGCUCAAACCCCGGCAACAGAACCAAAACAGACUCGCGACCAAGCAACUUACCCCUGGGUCAUCCUAAAGGUGUCAAGAAGAAUACAUUCUUCCAAGACACUCCGCCGCAGGAGAAGACAGGCCAUUUCCAGCAGGAGGAUGACAUGGCGAGUCGCAGGAACUCCAUUGUCGAGGAACUCGGAAGCAUGCAAGAUCAUCUACCUGCAAUCAACCCACGCGGCUCCAUCUCCGCCGGAAAGAGACCGCUGAGCAAGAACAAAUCGUUCACCUCUACGCAGGGAUCGCGGCCUCACACAACCGGAACACCCGCAAUACCCAGCCUGAAGCCAGUGACACCAGCUAGCGGUGUUCCCGUGAAAUUCUUCACCAUCGAAAAGCUAGAAGGACUGCCCAAGUCGUACGCACUGCGUCAGAUCAUGCACACACUGAGCGGCAUUCGUGAUAUCGAGGCGGUCGCACUAAAUGACGUGAGCGUAAAGUGCACAUGGUGCGACGUCAUUCUCGACAUAUCACUUCCAGAGGAUUUCAGCGAGAACAGCAAGCUGCGGUUCGAGCGGAUCGGAAGCGGCGGCAACCGCCUGCGCUACAACGAGAUUUGCGAGCAGAUUGCGCAUGCGCUGGCAGUCGGAGUAUGAGUUAUACUGACAAGACAUUACCCGCCUGUGUCCGUUGAUAAAACAAGUAACAGUAUGUUGAGUACCCGCGGCAAGUUACUCAAAGUACAACCAUUGAAAGUACUGGACGUCGAGCAUACCAGUGACAAUCCGAAGUAACUAUCACACAAUUUCUUGAGUUAUCCUGGACUUGUAAAAUAACCACUUUUGUCAAUGAGGAAUGUUCGGAAGAUGAAGUCUUGUUACUGGAGCAUUAAAAUACCUCAUAGUCUAUGAUCACUAGUGCGGUAUUAAGGUUUAUUAUAUAGUUGAAGUGCAUAUGCUAAAUUAUCUUGACGCCUGUUGACCUUUUGCACGUAUUUUAAUGAUACUCUGUAUCAGGCAUGUCUUAUUGAUGUUAUUUAUAAUUUCCGUUAGCUCACUCAUCUGUCUAAUUCGAAUUCUUCUCAAAAGUCAUUAUCCAACUUCUAGUUUGUGAGUAUCUUCACAUCCAAUUUUGGGAUCUUGACAGUCAAAACUCUGCAGUAAAUAUUAGAAUCUGAUAGUUUGUCCCUGGACGUUUGUCGUUUA